AUGUCUACUUCAAAACCUUUUCCAGUAUCAGAUCCGACAGACUCGUUUUGGCAUUCCGAGAGCGAUAGCUUUAUUUACACUCGCACAACUAGUGACCUACCUACCGAAACUGAUGUGCUCAUUGUUGGUGCAGGAUAUGCUGGGGCGGCGUCGGCAUACUGGCUUUAUAAACAAAGCCAAACGUGCUCUUUGGACGUCUUGAUGCUAGAAGCUAGAACAGUGUGUUCAGGAGCAACCGGAAGAAAUGGAGGACAUCUGAAACCCGACUACUACCGCGAGUAUCUCAAGUUUGAGAGAUUUUAUGGGCAGAAGGGUGCAGCAGAAAUUGGAAACUUUGAGCACGAGCAUAUAUCCGCAAUCAAGAACGUGGUCGAGGAUCUCAACAUUGAUUGUGAUCUAGUUCUCACGAGAGCAUGUAAUGUUCACCUUACUGAGGGUGCAGUGGAUGGAAGCAUUAAAGCAAUAGAUGCUCUGAAAAAAAAUCCGUAUUCCACUAUACUGGACGACAUUCAGGUCCUGGAAGAGAACAAUGCAAGAGUGGUCUCCCAAUUUCCAACAUCAUCACUCGCAGUAACAUUUACUGCAGGACAUUUAUGGCCCUACAAGUUUGUGAAGGGUUUGCUUCAAUUUUGUGUAGAAAAAGGCCUCAACCUGCAAACAAAUACUUGUGUUGAAAACAUAGAGACUCUUGAGGAUGGCUUUCAUUUGAUAAGAACGGCAAGAGGCAGCGUCAAGGCAAGAAAAAUUAUACUGGCAACAAAUGCCUACACAUCAGCUAUAGCUCCGGAAUUUGACGACAGAAUUGUCCCCGUGAAGGGCACAUGCUCUCACAUCAAGUUCGCCGCAGACAAUGAGUACACUCCGUAUCUAAACUAUACUUACGGCAUUUGUCGAGACUUUUCUGAGCACGAAUACUUGAUCAAUAGGCCUGAUGGCUCCAUCGUUGUUGGUGGAGCCAAACCAUUCUAUCUCAAAGACAAGGAUUCCUGGUAUAAUAAUGUCGAUGAUGCCAGUCUUUUCAAAGCAGAUAUAAAAGGAUGGUACAACACAUUCAUGCAGAAUAACUUUAGCAGCUGGAAGGGAACUAAGACGGAAGUGGACUAUUUAUGGACCGGGAUUCUAGGUUACUCUGUUGAUGCUCUUCCAUGGGUUGGAGAAGUACCAAAUCAGAAAAAUAAAUUUGUUCUAGCAGGCUUCCAUGGACAUGGCAUGCCACGGGUAUUUUUGUCUGCUAAAGCAAUAUCGGAAAUGAUCUUAAGGGGGGUGGCAGUGGGGAGCACAGACUUGCCGCAGCCAUUUAUGCUGACUGAGGAUCGCUUGAAAAGGGCUAGAAACAACAUUUUAGAGGAAACGGGAUAUUACACGUAUCAGAAGCUCUAA